UCUUUUCAUGCUUUUUGUUUAAUUUCAGCCAAGAUAUUUAUUGAAAUUUGAACAAAUUUACCUCUCCAAACCUACUCAUUGGGAAAGAGAUGGUGCCCCUUCACCAAUGAUGCCGAAUGAAGCCAGGUUAAGAAAUCUCACGUACUCGGCUCCGCUUUAUGUUGACAUAACAAAGACAGUCAUUAAAGAAGGGGAAGAGCAGCUGCAGACUCAGCACCAGAAAACGUUCAUAGGGAAAAUCCCAAUUAUGCUGCGCUCAACCUACUGCUUGCUGAAUGGCUUAACCGACCGUGACCUGUGUGAGCUGAACGAGUGUCCUUUGGAUCCUGGUGGCUACUUUAUUAUUAAUGGAUCAGAAAAGGUACAGGGGCACUAAAGACCAUGGCUAACA